UGAUCUCAGUAAAAGUUGGAGAGCAGGUUUCAAUCAAUCAGGCUCAGAUUAGCUAAUGGUUGAGCUUCUGAAUUUAUCGCAUCUCUUCUCAUUAUAAGGUUCUUGGAGUCAUUUGCUUUUUUUGGAAUCAGAAUGGUCUGUCUAUAUUCGUAUAGAAUAACUGCUCAGAAUAAACUUUAUGUGCAAAAUUAUUUUGAGUUUUAUUAUUUUCAACCCUGGCUACUGAAUGGGAGGAGGUUAAGGUAUACAGAAGAGAGGAUGAAACGAGUAUUUUAAGUCCUGAAUGUACUAUGGAUAUUGAAUAUUUCUCUAUCUCAUGUUGUAGUGUCCGAAUUGACUCCAUGGCAAUGGGUUGUGGUUUGUUGUUGUAAUGUUGUAAAGAGGAGCCCAGGUGGGCCAGUGGUUAAGCAUUCCGCCGCUAAACAUAAGGUCAGCAGUUUGAGUCCACCAGCUCUUCCUUGGUGACCCUAUGCGGCGGUUCUACUCUGUCCUAAAGGGUCGCUAUGAGUCGGAAUCAACUGGAUUCCCGCUGUCCCCCACGUUUUUUUCAAAAACUGGCCCUUUUUUGGUACGUACGGCUAGUUUUCAAAUAUGGCCGCCUCCAGUCAGACACUACAAGAGGGCGCAGACAUAUUAUUCUGUAAGUCGACGCCAGAUUUGCGGUUUUCUCUGCGCUUUCAAAAGUCCCCGACCCUCGCGGGCUACCGUAGGCGACCAAGAGUUCUACGCGAAGGGUGGCGAAGUGGGACUCUCACGGAAGUAAGUGCAUAUUUUCAGAACUUCGGUUCAUUCAGGAGAAAAACAGGUCAGUGUGUGUUUUUGUUUUGUCCUUGAAACAGGGCGAGGUGGUGUGUGGACGUGGUGUCGUGAGGACAAAUGGAGUUCCUGAGAGGAGCGCAGGGGUUUAAAUGCUUCGGGGGGAGCAUGUGGGAGUCCGGUGCUUUAGGGGUCAGAGAUGGGGUGAGCACUUUUGUACAGAGAUUAACGCUGUCCAGACUGAGGGUACGGGGUCUUUGUGCAUCACUCUCUUUGUAAGAGGUGCAAGUGGUAUUUACGGUGAAUGCGUUGUCUGGUUCGGGUUCGGGGUUUAAUGUGGGGCUCUGAAGUUGGAACCGGGGUAUGGACAACAUACGGGUUGCCUGGACCAGAUUUCUCAUUAAUCAGGGCGUGAGGGUGGUCAGUGUCUGUGUGGCAGAGGCUCGUCUGGCUUGAAGUUUUGGAAGCCCCAAAUCCCAGGAACCUCAGCUACUGUUCCAGAAGGCAUUAUAUUCUCCUGGCAGUAGUUCAAAAACCUUGGUUUAUGUAAUCACAUGUUUUCUCCUCUCAUCCACCAGUCGGCUAACUACUGUCUAAAGAACUAAUCCAGCACGCCGGCCAUCCAUCUAGAGCUGCCUUUGUGCUGCAGAAGUAUAGUUCAGUCGUUGUGUGGGAGAUCUUAUGGCCUGCAAAGCGUCACGUACAUGCACACUUUCUACUUUGCUGACAGACUGUCUAUUUUGUUUAUUCAUCCUCUGGCAAGGUGAACCAUAUCCCAAUUUAUUAGUAAGUCUUUAUGUGUCCAGUUACCGUUGGUAAGGUUAGUAAUGGCAUGCAGAUGAGUCUGGAUAUGUGGACAAAUUCCACCCAUGUGUGUUUGUAAAAAUGCUCGACUAUUAGAAAAUGUUGAUUUUAUCUGUGUCAUUUCUCCCAUUAAUUCCUUACAUUUCUUACGUGUGCCACUUCUGUUUAUCUUUUAUUAAUUGAUUAUGGAUUGAAUUGUGUCCCCCCAAAAUACGUGUUGUAAAUCCUAACCUCUAUGCCUGUGGUUAUAAUCCUAUUUGGGAACAGGUUGUCUUUGCUGUGUUAAUGAGGUAGGAUUGGUGUAGGGUAUAUUUAGAGUCAUUCUCUUUUGAUAUGUAAAAGUGAUUAAACAAGCAAAAGUAACAGAGAUGGCAAAAGAGAGAUGACAAGCUGCAUGAACAUCACCCAGGGGCAGAAGCUCAAAAGAGACAAGGAUCUUCCUCCAGUGCCAACAGAGACAGAAAGCCUUCCCCUAGAGCCAGCACCCUGAAUUUGGACUUCUAAUCUUCUAAACUCCUGCAGGUCUUGGCCCCCGAGCAACAAGAGAAUCAUUGGAGGGAAGAAGGAAGAGGUUACAGGACUUGAGUAUUGUCAUUUUUGGGAACACCCUUGAUGGGAGACUGAAAUUUCUGAGCAGACAUUACAGCUGAUCCAGAAAACACAAAGACAAAGCAUCCCAGUUGCUGACAAUGUCUCAAAGAAAUGUCACCAAGAAAAUGGUGAUGGCCCAGGAAACACUGACAUUCAGCGAUGUGUUUGUGAAGCUCACCUGGGAGGAAUGGCAACUCCUGGACUCUGCUCAGAAGGAGCUGUACUGGGCUGUGAUGUUGGAGAACUAUAACAACCUGCUGUCUGUUGGGUGUCCUGUUAGCAAACCAGAUGCACUCUCCAGGUUGGAACGAGGAGAAAAACCAUGGACUCUAUUAGACGAAAGCCAUAGUGGAAUCUUUUCAGAAAUUUGGAGAAUUGAUGAUUGUCUGCUUGGGUGCUUGCAGAAUGAAAGCAGGGUGGACAGACGGGAACAGUGCUAUGAACAUAACACAUUGGAAAAUAUUGUUCAUCGGCAAAAAAAUCCAUUUCCUUUAAGGGAAAAUCAUGGUAUGUUUGACUUACAUGGAAAAGCUCUGAAAUCAACUUUAACAGCACUUGACCAGAGCAGAAGCAAUGCGAUAAAAAACUCUGCUGAGCUUAAUGGAGAUGAGAAAACCUUUCUCCAUGCUGACCAAGAGCAACGUUAUACUGGAGUGAAAUUUUGUGAGAGUCAGAAAUCCAGUAACACUAAAUGCCAACUCGUUCAGCAUCAGAAAACUCAAAAAAUAGAGAAACCACGUGUACGCAGUACAUGUAAGGAAGCCUUCAUCAGGAAGUCUUUCCGUACAGAGCAUCAGAUCAUUCAUACAAGAGAGAAACCGUAUAGAUGUAGUGUAUGUAGGGAAAUCUUCUUUAAAAAGUCCAAGCUCAUCGAACAUCACACAACUCAUAAAGGACAAAAACCAUAUCAGUGCACAGAAUGUGGCAAAGCCUAUUACUGUAAAUCACACCUCAGUAAACAUCAGGAAAUUCAUAUGACAGAAAACCCUUAUAUAUGUAGUGAAUGUGGAAAAAGUUUCAUCCAUAAAGUAAACCUCACUGUUCAUCAGCGAACUCAUACUGGAGAGAAACCAUAUAUAUGCAGUCAGUGUGGAAAAGGUUUCAUCCGGAAAAACGAUCUCACUGUUCAUCAGCGAACUCAUACUGGAGAGAAACCCCAUAUAUGCAGUCAGUGUGGGAAAGGCUUCAUCCAUAAAGUAAAUCUCACUGUUCAUCAGCGAACUCAUACUGGAGAGAAACCCUAUACAUGCAGUCAAUGUGGAAAAGGCUUCAUCCGGAAAAAUGAUCUCACUGUUCAUCAGCGAACUCAUACUGGAGAGAAACCUCAUAUAUGCAGUCAUUGUGGAAAAGGCUUCAUCCAGAAGAGAGAUCUCACUAUUCAUCAGCGAACUCAUACUGGAGAGAAACCUUAUGUAUGCAGUGCAUGUGGAAAAGGCUUCAUCCGGAAUAGAAAUCUCACUAUUCAUCAGCGAACUCAUACUGGAGAGAAACCGUAUAUAUGCCAUGAAUGUGGAAAAGGCUUUAUCCAGAAGAGAGAUCUAACUAUUCAUCAGCGAACUCAUACUGGAGAGAAACCCUACAUAUGUAGUGAUUGUGGAAAAGGCUUCAUCCAUAAAGUAGAUCUCACUGUGCAUCAGCGAACUCAUACUGGGGAGAAACCCUAUAUAUGCAGUACAUGUGGUAAAGGCUUCAUCCGUAAAAAUGAUCUCACUGUGCAUCAGCGAACUCAUACUGGAGAGAAACCCUAUAUAUGUAGAGAAUGUGGAAAAGGCUUCACCCAGAAGGGAAAUCUCAUUACUCAUCACCGAAUUCAUACUGGAGAGAAACCCUAUGUAUGUGGUGAAUGUCAUAAAGCCUUCAGUCAGAAGACAUGCCUCAUAGCACAUCAGAGAUUUCACACAGGAGUAUCUCCCUUUUUAUGUAGUGAAUGUGGAAAAUUUUAUUCUCAGAAGUCAAGUCUCAUUAUACAUCAGAAAAUUCACACAGGCGAGAAACCCUUUAAAUGUGGUGAAUGUGAGAAGGCCUUCGAUAAGAAGCCAAAGCUCAUUGUACAUCAGAGAUCUCAUAGGAGAGACACCAUAUGGCUGCAGUGAGUGUGGAGGAACUUUUGUCUAUAUGUCUUCCCUAGAGAAGAAACACAAUAGAGAGAAACAUGUAUGUUCAGUCAAGGUGGAAGACCUUCCACGGUGAGGCACAUUCCAGUGA